ACCACCAUCUGGAAUCCACUACAGAAAUACCAAAAAGGAAAAUUUCAUUUAAAAGAAGCAAGAAGUAAAAGAGGACAAACUGGGAAUGUGUAAGUGUCUGAUACUCUGCACUGAGAAGCAAAAUAAGAUUGAUAACUUAAGCUUGAACAUUCUGGAGACUAAAGAAACUUUACUUUUGGAAUAUUCAUCUUGACUAUUGAAAUACAAGUUUAUGAGUAAUUUUAUUCCCAUCUCGGAACACAACUUUUCUUUAAAUUUAUAAUCCGAUGGGUUGGCUUCAAUGACUACAUAUUUUAAAGACUUUAUCAGUUAACUAAGCCCUGGAUUGAUGGAUUUUCCGGAGACUACAAAAUGAGAAUAUUUUCCUGUUGAAGAACCAAGUGGAAACUUUACAGCAAUUUCAUGUUUCUUUUGGAGAUUUCUGAGAAAAAGGAAAUAUUUAUAAAACCGCCCAGAGAUCCAAAUAAUUUGCAAAUAAAUUGGAGAUUAUAGUGGUCACAAUCUGAAUACUAAAGAAGACGCAGUCAACAAAGACUUCCACACUGUUAAGUGGGACGUGCCUUUAUGAUGGUAAGCAUUAACAGCUCCCACUGCUCCUAUGAUGACUCCUUUAAGUACACUUUAUAUGGGUGCAUGUUCAGCAUGGUGUUUGUGCUUGGGUUAAUAGCCAAUUGUGUUGCCAUAUACAUUUUCAUCUGCACCCUCAAAGUGCGAAAUGAAACUACAACGUACAUGAUUAACUUGGCAAUGUCAGACUUGCUUUUCGUUUUUACUUUACCCUUCAGGAUUUUUUACUUUGCAACACGGAAUUGGCCAUUUGGAGAUUUACUCUGUAAGAUUUCUGUGAUGCUGUUUUAUACCAACAUGUAUGGGAGCAUUCUGUUCUUAACCUGUAUUAGUGUAGAUCGGUUUCUGGCAAUCGUUUACCCAUUUAAGUCAAAGACUCUAAGAACCAAACGAAAUGCAAAGAUUGUUUGCAUUGCCGUGUGGUUAACAGUGAUCGGAGGAAGUGCACCAGCAGUUUUUUUUCCAUCUACCCACUCUCAGGGUAACAGUACAGAAGCCUGCUUUGAAAAUUUUCCAGAAGCCACAUGGAAAACUUAUCUCUCAAGGAUCGUAAUUUUCAUCGAAAUAGUGGGAUUUUUUAUUCCUCUAAUUUUAAAUGUAACUUGUUCUAGUAUGGUGCUAAGAACUUUAAAUAAACCUGUUACAUUAAGUAGAAGCAAAAUAAACAAAACUAAGGUUUUAAAAAUGAUUUUUGUACAUUUGGUCAUAUUCUGUUUCUGUUUUGUUCCUUACAAUAUCAAUCUUAUUUUAUAUUCUCUUAUGAGAACACAAACAUUUGUUAAUUGCUCAGUAGUAACAGCAGUGAGGACAAUGUACCCAAUCACUCUCUGCAUUGCUGUGUUAAACUGUUGUUUUGACCCUAUAGUUUACUACUUUACUUCGGACACAAUUCAGAAUUCGAUAAAAAUAAAAAACUGGUCUGUUAGGAGAAGUGACUCCAGGUUCUCUGAAGUUCAAGGAACAGAGAAUUUUAUUCAACACAACCUACAGACCUUAAAAAAUAAGAUAUUUGACAAUGAAUCUACAAUAUAAGUUCCUUGAAAUAAAACCACUGGAACUUCACUGGGACAGAACCUCCAAGUUCCUUCAACUGUGAAAAGUGUUUCUUGGACAAACUAUUUCUCCACCUC